UCCCAAGGAUACCGAAUAGCACGGACCCAAUCGAAACGCAGACAGAGUUGUUUUCGUUUUACCGAAGUGCAGCAUUCCUUCAGGAGAAAUUAGAGAUUUAUUCGUUUUUACUGCAAUUGCACAGCAAGUGUUGUUUUUAUCCGCGAAGUACCUGCUGCUUACCCGAACAGGAAUGGCGCAUUUGACGAUGCCGAAAACACCAGAGAGCAGCGGUAUGGAUUUAGGAGAUGUUUCCCAUAGCUGCGAUUCACGAGCUCUGAAAGUUACAACAUCACCACCACCACCACCACCAUCAUCUUCCCUCAGCAGCAGUACUCACCUUCAGCUAGAGGCAGCAUCACAACCGCCCCUCCAAAUUCUCAAGUUAAAGAGGCAUCAUAAACAGUACUAUAGCCAUGGCCAUAAUCUGUUACCUAAGAAGAAUCCUCUAGAUAAUACAGUGAGAGAGUUGUCAUCAUCCUGUGUCUAUAAGGUACCUGACUCUGGUGGUGUUUCCCAUGACCCGACUGCCUCUGCAUCUGCCAUGGCCUUAGCUGGCACUACCACAGUUUGCUCUGGUGUUGAGGCUAGAGAUGUAUGGAAGUCUGGAUACCUGAGAAAGAUGAAACACAGCCACAAGAGAUUUUUUGUCUUGAGAGGGCCAAGUGACACAGGCCCCAGCCGCUUGGAGUACUAUGAUAGGGAGAAGAAAUUUAGAAAUGGAAUGAAAUCUGUUUGUAAAUCUCCCAGUGCUGUGGGUUCUCCUAAGAAGGUGAUUUAUCUGUAUCAAUGUUUCUCUGUUAGUAAAAGGGUAGAUUCUAAACACAAGCACCUGAUAGCCCUGUACACUAAGGAUGAGCACUUUGUCAUGAUAGCGGAGAAUGAGGAGGAGCAAGAGGAUUGGUACCUGGCUCUGAGUGAUCUGGUGAUCCAGGAGAAAAAGGAGUACCAGGACGCUGAGGAGUUGGAUGAUGGAUACUGGACCAUCUCUCCUGGAGCCAUCUUCAAGGAGGUGUGGCAGGUGAUUGUAAAGCCCAAAGGUUUAGGACAAACCAAGAACCUGAUAGGAGUGUGCCGGCUGUGUCUCUCUGCCAAGACCAUUCACCUGGUGAAGAUGUGCUCUGAGAUGACGUCUGUGAACCUGCCUCUGAUCAAUGUCCGUCGCUGUGGUCACUCCGAGAGCUUCUUCUUUAUGGAGGUGGGCCGCUCGUCCUCCACUGGGCCUGGGGAGAUCUGGAUGCAGGUAGAAUCAGGUGACCCUGUGGUGGCUCAGAACAUGCAUGAGACAAUCCUGGAGGCCAUGAGAGCCCUGAGGCCCAUCCCUGAUUUCAGGCCUCGGAGCAAGAGUCAGUCAUUCCCAUCAAACCCCUGUGCUGUAGUUACCACACGACGUCAACACCAUGGCAACCUCCCACCCAGCCUGACUGGGUUACAGCGCUCUAUAAGGGUGGAAACUGUUGUGAGCAAACCGUCCCCACAGAAAAAUAAAGGAGAUGGAGGCCACAGCCCCAAUCAAACUUCUAGCCAUGGAGAGGGGACAAUGAACCAACCGAUCAGCCCAGGGACUGGCACCUUGGCUCUCCGUAAUGUCUGCAUCAGUAAAAGCUUUGAAGAGAGCCUCAGUCACUUUGCAUGCAUCUCCACCACCAUCAGUGUAUCCAGCAGCAGUGGCAAUGACUCGGAUACACACCCCUGGCCCUCUGAUCCUUCAGUCUUUGGUUCUCCCAGCGACAGAGGCUCUGUCUACGCUGAGGAUUUGUGCUCCAACCCAUGUGUCUUUCAGUUGUCCAGGAGUAACACCCCUGACUCACUGUUUAACACCACACUCAUUGACGAGAACAGCUUGACUGACUACGUGGCCAUAGAUUUGCAGGUAACGGCUGUGGCCAGAACUAAUCAAGGAGAUAGCUGUGAUGUGGAAACGUCUACCCCUGAACUUUCCAGACAAUACCACCAAACCACCUCAUGCACUCCAAAAUGCGAAAAAGACCUCUCAUCCAAGCCCCCCUUCCACCAUAUCUAUAAUCACAGUAAACUCCCAGUGCAGGAAAGUUAUAUGCCAAUGACUCGUGGACCAGGUCCUCAUUAUACAGAUGACAUCCCUUCAGAUUACAAUGUGACCCCCACUCCUCUUCAAACACCUAGUGCUACCAUGUUCCCCUCAGACCAGCUGGGGCCCCAGGGCUACAUGAUGAUGCUUCCACGUAGCUGUUCACCAGCAAAGGACAGCCUCAGUGAUGUUGAUCAUUCAGUGUGUGAUGAAUACAUGAACAUGUCUCUCGGGAGCCACAUGGAUGGUCAUAAACAUGGCUCACCGGAGGCUCUUAAGUCCUACAGCUCCUACUCCUCUCUACCAAGCUCUAACCAGCCUCCUUCACAGAGGAGCUGUGAACAUGAUGACUAUGUCUCCAUGUGUCAUCCUGCAGCUCAUCACUGCUCUGCAGUUGAAUGGAACAGUAGAAACCCUCUCUGUAGCUCGCCUCGUCACUCUUCUCAUCCAAGCAGUGAUGUGCUGCUGAACCUAUCAGAUGUGCCUGUGUUGAAUGUCACUGGUUUGUCCUUGGACCAGCAUGGGGUUGAAGAUGGUGACCUGCCCACUCAAACUGAGUCUAUCCAGAUUUCAACAGAUCGUCUCAACUACAUUGCUCUCUACCUGAUGGAUGAUCAGUGUGCCACCUGUGAUGUCCCUUUGCAUACUGAUGAGGUCACUUCUCCACUUCCUGCACGUACCAGUCACAGAGAGAGUGGGUCUGGACCCGGGCUCUACACUGGCAUAGACCUCCCCACAUCAGUAGGACAGGCUGCUGCCAUCAGACGUUGGCUGUGUUCGUGUCUCCCCUUGUGUAUCAAUACUGAUGACAGUGAGUAAGAGGACAGUUUAAAAAGUGUCAGUGCUGCUUUUGAAUCGACUCAUUAUUGAAUCAACCAGAUUGUGAAUACUCAGCCUUGUUGUUUAUAGGAUGCUAAUGAUAAAAUAAACAAGUUAUUUGUACUCAGUGGAAUUGUUCAUAUAAAAAAUGUCUGUCAUGUUUCUUUACUUUUGGUGGUUGUUCCUAGUCUGGGUACCAGUUCCACGCCUUGUACUCCCUGGCAUAUGGCACAGAGUACAACAAGUGGGAUGUUAGCUUAAAUGACUGGUACCCAGACUAGGUUGUUUAUUACACUUGGAGAACCUGUUCUUAUAGCCCCUUGCAAAGGAGUUUGUUUUCGGCAAUUCCAGGGAAACGGAAUGACGCUGAGACUCAGAUCUUUCACUUUUAAAUGUAUUCCAAACAAAAUCAAUUGAUUUCAAAGUUGAACAAACCAUACAACUCAAUGACUACUUUUAACAAUUUACACAGAAAGUUAUACAAAUGUACUUGAAGAACAAACAGUUAAGUGUGAAGGUCGGUAACAGAAUGACAGCACCAAUGGCACAAACUGUCAUUUUCUUAGAAAAUGUUUAAUCUGCACUGUUCAAGUAAAUGUUGUCAUUUGUUAAAACUAUUUCUUGUUCAUAAUUGUAUGGUUUGUUCAAGUUUGAAAUCAGUAGAUUUUUUUUGAAGUAAAGUGAAAGUUGUGAGUCUUCAGGCAAUGUGUUGGUUGUCAACUGGAAGAAUAUACUUUUUGUUGUGUAGGCCUGAAUUAUUUGUAUUUUUCAUGAAUCAAGAGAGGAUGUUUGCAUUUUCUUUUCACAUUUUUUACAGGGCAUUUACUGGAUCGUUUGCUCUGUACCUGGAUGGCAGUCAGCACCUUUGGGUUAUGAAAAUAAAAAAAUGGUGCCUUAUUUUGUAUUUAAUUACCAUGCCCUGGGCCCGUAUUCACAAAAUAUUUAUUACGCAAAAACGUAAGCCUCUUAACAAGAAAAAAAAGUUUAAGUGCAAUUCCAGAACAAUAUGUAAAGAUUUUUUCCAAGAACCUUUUUGAGGAAUAGCAACUUUAAUUAAAUCUAUAGUUAAGGAAAAAAUGGCAGUUGAGAAAUGUCUUAAAGAUUUUGUGAAUCUGGGCCCUGGUGAUUGCACCCUUUAAUGCUUUUAUACCAUUAAUGGAUGUAAUUAUACCAUUAAAAUAAAGCUAAUGCCGUUAUCCCCAGCUUGUCUUCAUUUACUGGGCUGGUUGUACAACAGGUGAUACUAUAACCAUCAUAA